AUGACAAAAGAAGAAGAUGAAAGUUCGGAAGCUAAAUAUUCAAUAGUAGAAUUCUUAAAUGACCAUCAACAAUCGCCCCAUAAUACUAGAGACACGACAUUUCCAAGUUGUGUUCGAUUAGAAACAGAUUCAACAACUGGUGACUUCUAUGAUCCAAUAACUAAACGUAAAGUCACAUUAAAAGGAAUCAAUGUCGACCUGGCCAUGAAAUAUCCUACCCUGCCUUCAAUGCCAUCCUACACGGGAUCAGCAAACGAUCCAAAUAGUAUAUUCUUUGAUGGUGAUAGUGUAUCAUUCGUAGGCAGACCGUUUCCAAUCACUGAAGCCAGGCUGCAUUUCAAAAGAAUCAAAUCCUGGGGAUACAACACAAUACGAUACUUGAUCACUUGGGAAGCUAUAGAACAUGCUGGCCCUGGGAUAUAUGAUGAAGAAUUUAUUGAAUAUACAAUUGAAAUAUUGACAAUAUUGGGAGAAGUAGGUGGAAUGUAUGUCUUUUUAGAAUUCCAUCAGGAUGUUUGGUCAAGAUAUUGUGGUGGUAGUGGUGCUCCUAUGUGGACUUUAUAUGCUGCUGGACUUGAACCCAAAAGAUUUGCAAUUACUGAAGCGGCAGUAUUACAUAAUGAAACUAGAUUCCAUGAUUCAAGUGAUACGUAUCAUAAGAUGCUUUGGACUUCGAAUUAUAAGAGAUUAGCAACUAUGGUUAUGUUUACUUUGUUUUUCGCUGGAAAGACCUAUUUCCCCCAAAUGACAAUUAAUGGUGAAAGUAUUCAAGAUUUCUUAGAGGGACAUUAUUUGAAUUCAGUUAAACAUAUUUGGGAAGCAAUAUGUAAGCAAUUACCCGAGUUAAUCACUAAUGGUACUAUACUUGGAUUUGAAUCUAUGAAUGAACCUAAUUGUGGUUUAAUUGGACAUCCUCAUUUAGGUCAAAUUCCAAGUUAUCAGAAUUUACGUGUUGGUACUACCCCAACUGCAUUUCAAGCUAUGAAAUUAGGUAUGGGAUUCCCAUGUGAAGUUGAUGAUUAUCGAAUUUCAAUCACCGGUCCUUCCAAGGUCGGAACUCGUCUAGUUGACCCGAGAGGUGUUAGAGCCUGGUUAACUGUUGAAGAAGCUGUCACGAUCGAUAAACGAUAUGGAUUUGUUCGGAAUCCUGACUGGAAAUUGGGUCAAUGUAUCUUUGCCAAUAUUGGAAUUUGGAAAUGGAGUCCAUUUUUAGAUUUCCAAGGAUUACAACAAUUAUCGGAAAAGACAAGAUUACAAUCCAAUCUUCAAUGUAAAUUAAUCGAACCCCAUUAUUUCCAACGUCUUGAUCCCAACUAUCCAACCAAAUCCCCAAACAUUAUCGAUAUCCAUUACUUCAUCAAUACCUAUUUCGUCGACCACUAUCUCAAAUUCAAACAAAUCAUCCGCACCAUCUCCCCAGCAUCCUUCAUCCUCCUCCAAUCCCCCGUUCUCGAAAUCCCACCAGAUAUCAAAAACGACCCUCGUAACAUCAUCGACGCCAAAACAGUCUAUUGUCCGCAUUAUUAUGAUGGGUUGUCACUUAUGUUCAAAUCCUGGAAUGUUCGCUAUAAUGUCGACACCCUUGGGAUCAUGCGAGGCCGAUACUGGAAUCCAAUAUUUGGACUCGUACUUGGAGAAAAAGCCAUUCGAAACUGUAUCAAACGACAAUUUCUUGAAAUUCGACAAGAAUGUAAUGAUCAUUUAGGUUCAAUCCCGAUAUUGAUGAGUGAGACGGGGAUGCCAUUUGAUAUGGAUAAUAAGCUUGCGUUUAGGAAUGGGGAAUAUAUUGCCCAAACGGCGGCUUUGGAUGUUAUUUGUAAUGCAUUGGAACUGGCGGGGAUGUCGCAUACGUUUUGGUGUUAUACUAGUGUUAAUACUCAUAAAUGGGGCGAUGGAUGGAAUAAUGAGGAUUUUUCAUUUUGGUCCAAGAAUGAUCGGAUGGAAAGAGUGGAGGAUUCUGAUACUUUAGGAGUAAUGAGGAAUAAUGAAUAUGAUAUGAGGGGGCGAAUGUCAAUGGUUCCGAAAAAGGUGAAGAAAGAUGGUGGGAUUAAGAGGAAGUUGAGACUUAAGAGGACUGGUUCGAGAAUGAGUGAACUUUCGGUUGAGAGUAAUAAUGUUAAUAAAGAUGGUGAUUCAGAUUAUGAAUCUUCAGAUACGACGAUUACAACAACUGCUGCUUCGUUUAAUGAUGUUGGUGUUAUUACUACCAUGCCGGAAUAUACUACUUCCCAACAUUACAAACGGUGUCAUCCGUCAGUGGAUGGGGUUAGAGCUGUCAGUGCUGUCAUUAGACCAUAUUGUAUUGCCACUAGAGGUGAGAUUUUAAAUUCUGAAUUUGAUCUCAAAUCCAAGAAGUUCCAACUUCGAUUAAAAUUGAAAUCGGGGGAUUUUAAUACUUAUCCAACGGUUAUAUUUGUACCUAAAUGGCAUUAUCCAACUUUAAAAAGUGGUGAAGUUUAUUCUACUUCGGGAUAUGUUAAGUAUAAUCCAGAAUCAGAGAUUUUAGAAUGGUAUCAUGAUAUGAAAGAAGACAACUUAAGAGGAGGAGAUCAUGAAGAAUGUAUUAUGAUACGAAACAAUUCCACAGCUAAUGGGUUUAAUAUAACAGAAAUACUUCCUUGCUCUAUUAUGUAA